GAUGUUAUAAGCUGAGUCAUGCCAUUAUUGACUUUAGCAAGCACAGCACUGAUAUAAAUAGUGAAACACUGGUGUGUCUUAGACAGAGGCAAAAGAGAUUGAGAGGUCUUCUAACAAGGGCUGGUAGGACAGGGAGACAAAGAUGAAGACCAAGAGCCUUCUUUUACUUGAGUUAUUAUAUUUUAUAUGCUCCUCUGCUUUUCCAGUGGCUCCAGAAAAGGAAAAAGAAGAUAUGCAAUUUGCCAAGAAAUAUCUUGAAAACUUCUAUGAUUUUAAAGAAGAGAAACAUUCUCUGUUUAAAGCAAAGGACCUCAACCACAUGGCUGACAAAAUACGAGAGAUGCAGUCAUUCUUUGGGCUAGAGGUGACUGGGGAGCUGAAUCAGAAGACGCUGGACAUGAUGAAGCAGCCUAGAUGUGGAAUACCAGACGUCCGUUCAUACAGCGCCUUCCCACGCAGCCCCACGUGGACGAAGGAAGAUGUGACCUAUCGGAUUCUGAACUACACUCCAGACAUGCUGCAAGCUGAUGUAGAUGAAGCAAUUGCAAGAGCCUUCCAGCUCUGGAGCAACGUCACCCCUCUGAGGUUCACCAGGGUCUAUGGAGGCCAAGCAGAUAUAAUGAUUUCCUUUGCAGCUGGAUUUCACGGUGACUUCUAUUCCUUUGAUGGUCCAGGAGGAACUCUGGCUCAUGCCUAUGCCCCUGGCGGUGGGAUAGGAGGAGAUGCCCAUUUUGAUGAAGAUGAAAACUGGACCAAAUUUACGACCUAUAGUGGAUACAACUUAUUUCUUGUUGCUGCUCAUGAGUUGGGCCACUCACUAGGUCUCAGUCAUUCCAAUGUUUUCGGUGCUUUGAUGUAUCCUGUAUAUAUGGCCGCAGAUACAAGGAACUACCAACUUCAUCAGGAUGACAUUGAUGGCAUUCAAGCCCUCUAUGGACCCCCCAAGGAAUCUCCUGCACUUCCAACUGAAGCUUUUCCUCCACAAGAACCAACUGAAAUGGUACCUGCAGAAGAACCAACUUCAAUGUCUCCCAGGGAAGAACCAACAGAAAUGACACCCUCCAAGCCACCCCAAAGACCAGACGACUGUGACCCUCAUCUGACUUUUGAUGCUGUCACUACUCUCCGUGGGGAAACACUGUUCUUCAAAGAUGGCUUUGUCUGGCGCAAAAGUCCAUAUUUCUCAGAAAUUGAGCACGACACCAUCUUCUCCUUCUGGCCAUCACUGAUAGCUGGCUUUGAUGCUGCAUAUGAGGUUGACAAGAAGGAUCGAGUGCUAUUUUUUAAAGAUGGCCAGUACUGGGCUGUCAGUGGCUACAGAAUAGAGCCAGGGUUCCCCAAGCCCAUUCAGAACCUGGGUUUCCCCAGCAGUGUUGGGAAAAUCGAUGCAGCCGUUCACGACCAAAGUACCAGGAGAACAUAUUUCUUUGUCGGCAACAAGUACUGGAGUUUCAAUGAAAAUAAUCAAUCAAUGGAAAGAGGCUAUCCAAGAAAAAUAGCUGCUGACUUCCAAGGGAUUGGCCAUCCAAUUGAUGCUGCCCUUCAGAAAAAUGGACAUUUCUACUUUUUCCAUGGAUCAAACCAGUAUGAGGUUGACAUCAAGAAGAAGAAACUCAUCCGUAUAAUGAAAAGCAACAGCUGGUUUAAUUGCUAGAAAUAUUAAGUGAUGGUGCAGAAGUAUAUUUGUACCAGAAAGAGUUUUUCAUGUUUCUUGAUUUUAAACAGUGUUAUUCACCUGUUCCUGUGCAUCUGAGUCUGAAAUUAUGGCCUUUGGCAAUUCUAAUUUAAAACCUUUAAAAAUGUAAAACCUAAUGUACAGUUUUAAUUUAUUUUCAUUCUCCAACUAUUUAUUAAUCUAGUUGUUUUGAGUAAUAAAGUGUUUUGCUUGA